CUUUGACCAAGUAGAAACUACUAGAAACUUGACAGUGAGUAGAUAAGAGUCGAAAAUGAAAAAGAAGACGUUUUAAAUCACCCCUUUAACAUUUUAAAAUUAAAUUUACUCAAAGAAUCAUAAUGGUAGAUCAUUUUUUCUUUUUUAUUGUUGUUGUAAAGCUACUGAAAAGACGUUCCGCUUUAGCAUGUUAUCCCGAGGAUGGAGUGACUGACAACAGGGAAGUAUUUUCUCCCAACUAUUAAAGCAGAAGAAAAGCCCUAUUUAUAGCUAAAUAUAUGUUAUAAGCCACAAACUAAUUAAAACAAUUUGCUGCUUUCGGUUUUAAUAAACAAGUGCUAACAAAGGAAAAGUUAGCGGACAGCUAGCAGUACCGCCUGGUGUUUCCGUUGGAGCUGAGUUCAAGGUUCAAGUCCGAGUAAAGAAAAACAAAACAAGCUACGCCAGUCAACGGUACACCAGACUGGUCAAAAUGUCCGGGUCUGGCGGUGACAGCCGCACUAAGACGUUAAAUUUUAACAUUGGAGUGCUCGGGCAUGUCGACAGCGGUAAGACGUCGCUGGCCAGGGCGCUGAGCAGCACUGCCUCCACGGCUGCCUUCGACAAGAACCCGCAGUCGCGCGAGAGGGGGAUCACGCUGGACCUCGGCUUCUCCUCCUUCACGGUGGAUCUGCCUGAUCAGCUGCGGGACCGCGGUGGACAGCAGUAUGACAAUCUGCAGUUCACCCUGGUGGACUGUCCGGGACACGCCUCUCUGAUCCGGACUAUCAUUGGGGGUGCCCAAAUCAUUGACCUGAUGAUGCUGGUGGUGGACGUGGUAAAGGGGGUACAGACUCAGACUGCAGAGUGUCUGUUGAUAGGAGAGCUGACGUGCCCUUGCAUGGUGGUUGUCCUGAACAAGAUCGACCUGCUGCCACCCAACAAGAGACAGAGUGCCAUUGAGAAGAUGACCAAGAGACUGCACAAGACACUGGAGAGCACCAGAUUUAAGGAAUGUCCAGUGAUUGCUGUGGCAGCAAAGCCUGGGGGACCAGAGGCUCCUGACACAGAGGAGCCGCAGGGAGUGCCAGAGUUAAUAGAGCUUUUGAAGAAACAGACAUACCUCCCUCAGAGAGACCCUGGAGGUGACCUUCUGAUGGCUGUGGACCAUUGUUUUUCCAUCCGUGGUCAGGGAACAGUCAUGACUGGCACCAUCUUGCAGGGGUCGCUGGCCAUCAACGACACUGUGGAAAUCCCAGCACUAAAAGUGACCAAGAAGAUAAAAUCGGUGCAGAUGUUUCGGAAGCCAGUGUCGGGGGCCAUGCAGGGGGAUCGUGUGGGUGUGUGUGUGACACAGUUUGACCCUAAACUGUUAGAGCGGGGAGUGGUAUGCACCCCAGGGUCCCUGCGCACCCUCUAUGCAGCUGUCAUCUCUGUCAGGAAGAUAGGCUACUUCAAGGGCUCUCUUGCCACCCGUGCCAAGUUCCACAUCACCGUGGGUCAUGAGACAGUCAUGGCGAGGGUGACCUUCUUUGGUCUGCCACCUGUGGGUGCCUCCAAGCCCCCCUCUGACACUAAACCACCUCCGUCAUUGCCUUGCUCCCUGGAAACACCCUUCACCUUUGACAGGGAGUACCUCUACCAGGAUGAGUAUGUCACAGGUCAGGGAGAGACGAGUUCAGAACCUGACCCAGAGCAGUGGGCCUUGCUCGAGUUCGAGCGGCCUGUCACAUGUCCCCCACUCUGCCUUGUGAUUGGCUCCAAGCUGGACACAGACAUCCAUGCCAAUGCCUGCCGUUUAGCCUUCCAAGGCCGUCUGUUACAGGGGUUUGAAGAUAAAAGCUAUGCUGAGGCUGCCCUACCUCGUCUGCGCAUCUACAAGACCAAACACAAGGAGGGACAGGUGGAGAGAGUGAGUGAUGAUUACACUGUGAUUGGCCGCAACCUGUUCAAGAAGGAGACCAACCUCCAGCUCUUUGUGGGGUUGAAGGUCACACUGUCGACGGGCGAGAGUGGCAUUAUCGAGGGUGGGUUUGGACAGAGUGGGAAGUUCAAGAUUCGGAUACAAGAGGGUCUUUGCCCAGAAACGAAGCAGUUGUUAUCCUCCACCUCUAAGAAGAAAGGGAAGGGUGGAAGCAAAGGCGGACCAGCAAAUGAAGAGGAACCCAAAGCAGACUCCCAGUCUGUUAGCAUUCACUUGCAUUUUAAACGGUAUGUCUUUGAUCCCCAUAAAAAGAUGGUUCAGUCUUAACCUCUGCUGCACGCACUUUAGCCUCACACGGUGUCACAGUGCUGGAGACAGAGAGAUACAGCUUCAGAGGUCAUGUAGAGGUGAGGGGGAUACCAGCCUCUGUAUCAGGGGUGCGAUAACUUUCUUAUACCAGCCUCUUUUUCUGGGGUUGGAGGCAGUCUUCUGAAAUGAAAUGAUCGUGGAAUGCUGAACACAUGUGAAACAGUGGUUGUUUUAUCUUCCUUUAUGGAGAUGGACUUAAUCCAGUUUGUUCCAUCACAAGGGUGGAAGCUGCUCUUCUUCCUGAUGCAUUUGAUUUGUCUUACAAAAUCAGUACUUUUUUUCCUCUUUUGUUGAUAAAAUCUGAAUCAAUUCUUUUGAUUAGCAGCAAACUUUUUUUUCUCUGGAUGUUUCCAGUUCAGUUGAGUCUUAAUUGGCAUAAACACAUUGGCUACCAUUAUAGAAAUAUUGAACUCAGAUUUCCAAAGUUCAGAGAGCAUCCUGCUCUCUAGCUAGGAAAAAGGUCAUGUUAUGUUUAGGUUGGGAUUCAUUGGCUACUGGUGUGUGAUUUCAAAAUUUCUUGUCAAUAUUUUAAUAUUUUUUCUUUUCAAGUCAUUUCAUUUUCUUUAAUGGCAUUUUGUAUAGCUGUAUUUUAGCCCUGAAUAGCAAUGAUAUCAGAAGUUGCUUGAGUUGAAUUGAAUACUAAACCUUGACAAAUAAAGACACAUCUAUGCUGAAA